AUGCGGUUUUUGUGUCUCCAUGGCCGAGGUACCAAUUCAGAUAUCUUUGAAAGUCAACUAGCUGCAUUGUUCUCCCGUCUUUCGCCUGAACAUUCGUUCGAUUUCAUUGACGCUCCAUAUCACUGCUCUGCGGCACCUGGAAUCUCGAAAAUAUACGAUGGCCCUUAUUUGGCAUGGCACUCAAGAUAUGAUCCCGUGCAUAUUGCUGAGAUCCAUGAAUACAUAGAUUCGGUCAUCAACGAGGAUGGUCCUUACGAUGGCGUGAUUGGGUUCUCUCAGGGCGCGGCUUUGGCUGCGAGCUUCCUGCUGUGCCACGAAUAUACUCAUGAUCAGGCACUGUUGGAUUCGAGACAUGCAGCUGCGUUCAAAGUGGCUAUAUUUUUCAACAGUGUCAUGCUGUUCUCUCCUUCCGAAGACAUUGGGGCCGAUAUCACCGACACUAUCAAAAAACAAGAAGAGAAACAUAUGGGCUUUCUCAGAGGUGAAUCAAACGAACAGACUUUGCCAGAACCACAGAUCAGAUUCAAGAUGCCUAACUGGUCAUCGUCCUCAUCGACAUCUUUGUCUUCCAUCGCGUCGGUUUCAACGAUCAGCGAAGAUGAGCCUUCUGAUGAAAUCAAGUGGGCACGGAAACGCUCCGUUGCUUUCGAGUCACAGUCACUGCUCAAAGAACAUUCCGUUUAUGGAUUCCCAACAGACAAUAUCCCACACCAGAUUGCAAUCCCUACACUUCAUGUAAUUGGUGCGAAAGAUGAAUUCUCGGAGCACUCGCAAACUCUGACAAUGUUGUGCCAACGAGAAAAGGCAGAGAUUUUUUUGAUUAAGGAUGGAGGACAUGAUAUCCCUCGAACAAAAGCUGCAUUGGACGAGUGUGCGAGACUCUUCGAGAUGGUUGUUAUGAUGGGCUCAAUAAGAUGA